AUGUCAGCAAGCCCAAAAAACUUGGCAGAACAUUUUGAACAGAGGAGCCAUCUACAGGUGUUGUGCAUUUCUCUCACAUGUGCGUUAAAGUGUGCAAAGAAGCCAACAAGAACUGAUAUACAUGGAUGCUUUGACCAUCAGUGCAGCAACAAGUUAAUUCAGCAAGGGGGUCUUGGCGAUGCCUCAGCUGCUGCUCCUAGUCUGCAGGCCUUCCAGGGGUUCAGUGGGGAACUGGUCCCCGUCCUGGUUCCUGAACCCUGUCACAAAGGAUUUGAGGAGGAAGCGCCGCCGGAUCCUGUCUCUGAGGAGUUCAAGGAGCAGCUUGUCCUCGUUCUGGCCUCUGAACCCAGAGACGAGUGGUUUGAGGAGGAAGCGCCGCCGGAUCUUGUCUCUGUGGGGUUCAAGGUGCAGCUUGUCCUCGUUCUGGCCUCCGAGGGUCCCACAGAUGCUGCAUCGGUUUCCAAGGGUCCCGUUGGCUCUGCUUCAGCCUCUGAGGGUUCGCCAGGUCAUGUUCCGGAGGAGCCCGUAGGCGGACUGCCUCCACGUCCUGUUUCUGAGCAACUCCUAGGUUUCCUCUGGGGGGUGUUCAUGGAACUGAAGCCAGACUCCACGCCUGAAUAUGGGGCGCAAGACUAUGAGGCGCCUGACUCUAAGUCUGACUCUAAGCCAGACUCUAAACUCCGAGGUUCCUCUAUCUUGCUUGGCCGUCCUCGUGACCGAGGGUCCUCUACUCUGCUCAGCCGACCUCCUGACCGAGAGUCCUCUACUCUGCUCGGCCGGCCUCCUGAUCAACCUGCAGUUGCCGGCCGCCCAGGUCUCUACGUCUCUGCCGGUCUCCAGGUUUUCGCCGCCGUCGCCGGCUGAUCAGGCCUCGGAGUAGUAGGUCCUGGACUCCACAUGAACUUUGUGUCUGCUCAGGACGACCUCCUGGUCGCCCGCCUGAACUUUGUGUUUUUGUUCACCUGCACCUAGCUAAUCUGUUUUCUUGCUUCUCCUGGUCACACUCCAUAAAUACACACCUGUUCUGUCAUUUGGCGCAGAAACAUUUUCUGGAUCAUGCUCAUGUCUUGUUGUCUCGAUCAUGCCAUGCCUGU